GGACCAUUUGUGUUGAGGAGUUCAAAAUUCUCUUUCCUUGCCAAAUGUGCGAAGAGAAGAAAGAAAGGGAAGGAAGCGAUGUGGCGAUUCAGACACGAUGGAUGCGACGCUUGUCUUCUCAGUCUACGCACUUUAGUAGAAGUGUGGGUUGAUUUGCCGCUUUGUCUCGGUUUGAGGAGACACGACAAAGACAAGUGCAGGGAGCUCUUCAGACUGAGAAGUAAUGAAUAGAUAUAUGCUUCACCUUCUUCUUCUCAUCCGCUAUGGAGCUUGGAAACGGCUAGAAACGAUCAAAACGAGACUGCGACAGAGAGGAACAGUGUGCGCAAUAACUAUGAGUGUCCUGAAUCAGUUAGACGUGGUCUGGUCGAUCGUUUGUACAGAGAAGUCGUUGAUGCCACUGCAACUUCAACAUGAAAUUUGCCUCGUCUGAAACGGCUAGGAACGAAACGAAUCGAAGCGAAGCGUAUCAAUCAAGCAACCAAUCAACACAACAACACAGCGCGAUCAAUCUUGUCAACAUGGCCGCGGUACAAUCAUCUGUCAGUCAGUAGUCAGGCAGUCUUCCUGGUAGUUGUCGUUAGCGCCCAUCCAUGACAAGGCUUGUGGCUGAAGCUUUGUGCCCGUAUGUAUUUUUUCAUGUUGUCUGCUGACAUCCAGUGGUUCGGUGCAUGGCUUUCACUGCUCAUGCAAGGCCCUGAAAUUAGUCAUAUAAAUCACUACUCUUCUCAGUUCGUAAGAACAGGAGUGGAAUUUGGAAGAAGCUCGGAUUGUCCAGAUUGUUUUCUUUAUUCCAGAUUCGCCAUGGAAUUCUGCCGGGCCAGAAUUGAAUAUCUUGCGCUUCUACUCGUGCUUAAUCUCGUCAUGUCACAAAAUUCAGUGACAGCUUGGACAUGGAGAUUGUGGUCUGGGGAAAGUAUCAGUGGAGACGAAAUGGGAUCAGAUCCCAAAUCGUUCGCAGAUGAGCUCGAGGAGCCGCCACCGUCGAUGCGGACGGCAAGGCUCAGUACUUCGAAAUUCGAUAUAGAUACAACGAUGAUUUUGGGGUCUCAGAAUCCGAGAGGACGGCAAUUUGUGGAGAGAUCCACGUCUUUGAUGUCGGAGCAUUCUUGCUGGCAGCUUGCGUACUCCGGUAUGUUUAAAAGUUGUAGGGAUAUCUUGAAAGAUGAGGAUCGAAAGUCCAGACUCGCGCUCAGGUUGACGGAUUGUUUUCUCAAGACUUCAGGACGUUGUGGUAUCAAGAAGUGUGCAGACUCUGCCCCUGUGACCAAGUGCGUGAAGGAGCUAGACGAUCACACCCACGCAAUAUUUCUCGCCUUCUUCAUUGACGCCGCAUCAAUGUGCCACUAUCUCCAAAGUCAGGAAUUCAAGCUUGAAACCGAGAAGCUGGUUAACGAGCUGAAGCAGAGCGCUCAUACCAUGGAAAAUAAAUUGGGUUCCAUGAACGAGCAGCUGGAUAUUCAACAUUCUGCUGUCAUAGAGCAUUCAGAAAGUAUACUGGAAGCUCAGAGAAGACUGCAGCAUGAGCAUGCAGAGCUGCAGCUGAGUAUAGAGCAAGGGAUGCAGCAUCUUCAAGAGGCAGCUAAUGAAGCCCAACGCCAACUGGACUUCGUUGGGAGGAUUCAAAAGGAUAUUGCCCAGAAGCAGCAACUCCUGGCAGACAAGCUGGCCACAGAAUUAUCAGAUCUACAAAGCAAGAGCACUCGUCUGGGAAUGUCCAUGAGUCACUUGCAUGUUUCAGUGGGAGAAUUGACAGAGAAAUCUUUGGCCGGCCAAGCGCAGCUACUUGAAGGUCAAGAAAUGGCUAUGCAAGGACUGACAGAGCUGCAACGAUCUCAAGUGGAGGCCAUAGAGGAGAGUCGAGCUUCAAUUCAAAAUCUUGCCACUGAGGCAUUCAGGCAUCAGCAGGAGUUUCGCAAAUGGCAAUCAGAGCUAGAUGAAAUGCAUCGCCGACUUGCUAAUGGUUCCACUGCCAUGUUGAAAGCUCAGGAGUCAUUCGUAUUAAAACAAGCAGCGGUAUUCACAACGCUUGACAAGCUUUUCAAUUUACACAACGAUAUUCUGCUGGAGUCUCGUACCAUCAAAACUGCGCUCGUAUAUUUCUUAGGAGGGGUCUUCGUUUUCCUGGCCACUACCACCAAACACACCCAGAAUGCCCGACUGGCCCUAUAUUUUGGAUUGCUGUUGGCUUUGGGAUUCGAGGCAACGUUGAUUUGGAAGAAAGCAGAACGCGUACCAGAAGCUUUGCGCAUCGUAUGGCUGCAAGAUAGAAUUUUUUGGGUCCGGGGUGGAUACGCAAUCUUUGCUCUCGGCCUCCUUCUCUACACAGUUUUGAACUACAGGAAGAAUAUCAACCUCUCUCGAACCAUUACGCGUGAGCGUGUCCGAUCACGUCGAGGCAGAACUCCAACACGAUCAAAACACGAGACCCAGAGACCAAGCGCCAUCGUACAGAGCCAGAAAUUUCCUCCAAGUUCUGAAUUUGAAGACACUCCUGUGAAGACCUACAUCAUAUUUACUACUAUUCUGGUGAUAAUAGUUUUGCUCUUUGAGUGGGCAGGGACUAUGACAGGCUGAACUAUUACAUGUUGAAAGACAUUCAAGAAAACAUCGCUGCUGGAAAGAACGGAGGAGAUACUGCGUGCCGAGCUUGCCAACAAGGAAACGUUCUUCUAGCUCUUCCCCGCCGUCUUGCAGACCAUGAAGGGGACAUCGCAAAAAAACUUGUGCGUAAAGCAAGAACCCCACGAGCCUCGAGAAUGCCCAGAUCUUCCCCAGUUCAACCGGCGACAACUUCGACCCAGUGAGUGCUGAAGAUAACCGCAUAUCUCUCCUAUGUGGUGGAUCACUGUGGGAAGAUUAACUCUUCAAUCUCAGGUGUGAGGCAUGAAGAACUACCUCCAAGAGGUUCCAACAGAAUAACGUUCCGCAUACCCAGUAAACCUUACUCGACUGCUCCCGAGUGCGGAUGUCACUAACACGACAGAAAGAUUGCCCAUCGAGGCUAGUUUCAGCAUAUAUGGGUAGAAAAUUCCUAGGUAAUCUAGCCUGUAAAGUCUUCAUUUUGAAAACUAAAACAGUAGAAGAUAGUUGAUAAGAGUGAACAAUUUCUGAUAGUAUAAAACAUCUCCUCGCUACUAACACCUUGUCAAAUCUUUUGCAACUUCGGCAGCAUAUCCCUGCAGCAGCUAGGUAUGAAAAGACUGCUCGUGAUAUUUCCACAGACAUUCCCCAUUUUCUUUCAAAAUCUGCAAAACAAGAUCUCAGCAAGUUUUUGUUGCACUUGCAAGUUCUGAGGUCGAAAAUUCAAGUGAAAAAUCACAUGCCAAGUCUGAGAAUUACAUAUUGCUCACCGCCCUAGACCAUGAAUUGUUGAAGUCGUGAUGUGGCAUCAACUAUCCAAAUAAUCGACAGAGCAAAUGUCCAAUAUUCAGUCUGUUCAUGUACUUUGGUACCAAGGCUGAUCUGACAAUCAGCUAAAUAAGACCGCGGCGAAGUUGCCCUUACUCCUCUAGAUGUCCAAACUCUUCCUCCCAGUGCUCCGCCGCUGCUUGCUGACUCCGAAACUGCCAUAUAUGCUCCCUUGUGACUUCGCGCUCUUUUAAAAUCGC